AUGAAAUCUAAAUCAUCAGUUUCUACCACAAUUGACAAUCCAAGUCUCAUUUAUUACCUUGAGACGCGCUUCAACUUCGAGGCUGAGCUUUUAACUCCAAAUACUUUUUUUCCUGGAGUGUCAAAAAACAUUUCAACUUCACCUACUUCAUCUAUUGCUCCUUCACCUUCAACGACUUCACCUUCAGCAUGGGAGUAUCUUUUUGAAGAGUUCCACAAGUCACAUACUCCUGAAAACUUAAUUAAAUUUGAAGGCGAAUUACGGUCACGCCAGGCUCCAGGGCUGGAAUACAGUGAUGCCACUAGUUUUAUUUACGAUGCCAUACUAUUGAUAAGUCAGUUUUACGAAAAAGACGUCGGUCUUUUGAAUGCUAUUCUUAAUCUGGUUAACGAAUUGACCCACCAUAGUAGAGCUAAAAAGUACUUCCCCUACAUUAUUGUUCCGCGCAAUGUUUUGUUGGCAUUGUCAUUUGCUGUAACUGCAAGUGUUGAUAAAGGACUUUCAGCAACUUUUUUUGCCUUGGCAAUGCAGGUGAUCACAUCUUUUGAUUCAAGCUGCCUACCAGUCAAAUUAGUUUAUAGCUUGUUUUUGCCUAAGGAAUCUUUUGGGGGAUAUUUUCCACAUAAACUCAUCACCUCUAUAAACGCUUCCCGUUAUGUGUCAUGCCCUAUAGAUUCUCAUCCAUUUUCGUCUUUUCAAAUCUCUUCCAAUGAUAACUUUGGCAAUGAUGAUGAAUAUGAUGAAGAAUAUGAUGAAGAAAAUAAAGUUGAUUGUGACAUGAACUCUGACUCUUCUUACAUAUCUCAUUUACGUCGUUGCUUAUGGCUUAUGACUAUUCUUAAUGCUAACAAGGCAAAAAAAGAAAGUUCUGAAUCCCAAGAACUGUGGGAUUCUGUAAUGGCUGAAGCUGGAUUUAUGAGUAAUAAGCCAGGCUUUAAGUUUGCAUCUUUAUAUGAAUGCAUUCCUAAAAUUUUUUUACUUGUCGGAUCUUCUGAGACAGACUGUAUUAUCAACCAACUCAAGAUGAAUAGCCAUCGACCUAUUUCUAUUUAUGAGAUUACGGCCAUGUAUUUAGAGAUUUUUCGAAUUCACCCAGAAGUAUAUUAUGAAAUGAUCAAGACUGCAGAAUUUGUCAAAUGGAUUCCUGACGCAAUAUUAAACUUUAGUCCAAUAAUGUCUUUAAAGAAUUUGCCUUAUCAAUCAGCGAAUCCACGCAUUCGGGCUCGUACUGAUGUGCUAUUUAACGGAGGAGCCAUUCUGCCUUACUCAUCUUCAAUUGCACCAUCAUUGACUUCUACAACUUUCUUUGAGGCUGUGGAGUCUCAAUCAUGUCUCGAUGAAAAUGAAACUAAGCAUCUUUCUCAUGAGCAAGGAAAUAUUCUACCUGUAUCUACCCCUUCAAACUUGAAUCGCAUGGAUAGUACCAAAAGUACUGCCACUCAUAUGACAGUGGCAAGUGAAGCAACAAUUACUCUUGCAAACUCAAAAGACUGUACUUCUGUUAAAUCAUGUUUUGAGGAACCUUCUUCUGCUUCUAGUAUGUUUUCCGAAAAAUCUAAGCGAAGCAUGGUUCUCGAUGUUGUUCCUGAUGAUGAUGAGGAAUCUCAAGUCAACCUUGGAAAUGACUCAAUGUCAACUGAAGUAAUUGAAAGACCUGAUGACACUAUUGAGAUUCAAUGUGAAGCUUUAACCGCUAGCAAUAACCCAAUACCCAUAAGCUCUAGUACUGCGGAAAUAUUGGAUACUUCUAAUUCAAACGUUACUUUAGUUGGUUCAAAUAAUGCUAAAGUCAUUUGUGUUGAUGAAAAACAAAAAGCAUUUAUUGAAAAAAACGAGAAAAAAGAUUAUCGAAAUAAGAAAAGAAAUGGUAUCAAUGAAAGUGGCAGUGAUACAAAGGAACAAAAUGAUGGGAAAAAAGAUAGUAAUUUAUCGUUAAACGAAUUUCGCGCAUACCUCAAGGCUCCACUUAAAGAUGCAAAAAAAAAUCAUCAUACCAAGGAACAUAAUUUUUGUGAACAAAACCCAACCAAGGAAUCUCAAAGGCGUCCUCGUCACCAUCAUAGAAGUGGAGGAAAAAGUACCAGAUCUAAAUCAAAGCCAGGAAAAACUAGAGAAGCACUGGAGAAUGCAUCUUUUUUAGAAGAUCUCAAUCAAAACCAAACUACUGAAUUGGAUUCUUCUGAAACCCAAGGAUUAAAUUCUAAAAGUGUUUUGCUUGAAAAGAAUUUAGUCCAUUCCAAAAAGACUGAAUUGCCAAAGUCACCAUUAGAAUCUAUCUCUAUCACUACUAAGAUCAGUCACAAAGAUACCACAUUUUCUAGAUCUGAUUCUAAAGCCACUUGCAGUGAUCAAAUGAAUAAUGGUGUACUGAGACAUGUUCCUAUGGGUAUUGUGCAAGUGCAAUUGGCUCCUGAAAUUAAGAAAACUUCUCAUAGGACCGCUAAGGGAGCUUCUAGUAUUAACUUUGCAUCAGAUAUUGUUUUGAUUCCGCAAAAAAUUAAUUUUUCAGGUAUUGUUGUGGAGCCUGAAAGUGCUGAAAUUGGAAAUUUUAAAGAUUCAAGUCUUGAAAGCAUUUCUGAGGGUAAUUGUUCUUCUUCUUCCACUAAAUUAGAAAGAACAACUAGUAGAGCAAGCAAAGAUGAGGAAAUGGUGCUUAAAGGAGAGGAGAUGGCACAAAUUGCAAGUGUCAUUGAACGACUUGAAAGCGCCGACGGAUCUAUUGGAAGUUCUGAUAAAGAAGUUGUUCAGCCCACUGAUGGAGAUGGUGAAUCAUUUCACAGUACUCAGUUUCAAGAGAGUUCUUCAAGCGCUAAUUUGGAAAAAACAGGGAAGGACCAAAAACAAAUUUCAGGGAAAUUUGAAUUUGAUAAGUGUGAAAAGUUGCUGAAAGCAAAAAUAGUUGAAAAAGAGAUUAAUAAAGCAUAUCGCAAAACUUUAGAAAGUGGUGAAUCUCUACUAAGAACAUCUAACAAAGCUCAACGAACUCUUUCUGAGAGGUUAACACAAAGCCAUAUUAGCAACAAGUAUAUGGCAUACAAGCGAGUGUUCCCGGAUGAUGAAAUUCAAGAAAUGCAAGAAGACAUGAUGAAGAAAAAUAUGCUAAAAGAAAAAUAA